AUGUCUGCGAAUUCUGUUACCUCCGAUAGCGAAGACAGCGACGGCUUCAUUAUCACAAACAACCCAACCCGAGACUGCUCCGAUUGCCCCCCACUCAGCGUGGAGGAGCUUGCCAAAGUGCGGGAAUGGCUUGAGCCAACAGCCUAUGACAUCUCGGGCGGUGAAUACCGAAAGCACACCUCAUCAUACCUUUCGGGAACUGGAAGUUGGCUCACUGCCUCAUCCGAGUACCAGCAGUGGCUGACGGGCCAGGACCAUGGCCUCCUCUGGAUCAAGGGGAUACCAGGGUCAGGCAAGUCAGUCAUGGCCGCCAAGAUCAUUGCCGAUUUGACGACGUCUGAGCCGAAAUCCCCGGUUCUAUACUUUUUCUUCCGUCAAAUCAUCGAUGCCAACCAUGAGCCUGCGGCUUUGCUUCGCGACUGGAUGGAUCAGCUCCUGCAGCACAGUCCAGUUUUGCAGCGGCAGCUAUACUCCCAUGUCAAAGGCGGCGAGUCCUGGAAGAGCGUUUCGCAGGAUGACAUGUGGAAAUAUCUGAAAACGGCCUUUGCAUCGCUCUCCGAGAUGGUAUUUUGCGUCACUGACGCUCUCGACGAAAUGGACCAAGGAAAUGAUACAUUUCUGCAAGCACUGGCGAAUCUCGGACACUGGCGACCCGACAAGGUCAAAGUUCUCAUUACCAGUCGACCCGUUUCAAGCGUCGAGACACCCUUGCAUCUGGUUCCCUGUCUUAAAAUUCGUCUCCGAGAGGACGAGGUCGACAACGACAUCUCUCGCUUCGUGAUGCAUUCAUUAAAGACCUCACAAAUAGACAAAAGACAUUGGCCUACAAUUAUCGACGCAGUUCCGGGAAGGGCCAACGGGCUCUUUCUAUACGCUCGACUUGCAAUGGAUGCCUUUCUUGAGCCCGGCGCCGAUGUUGAGACAGCGCUGGCGCACCUUCCCAUCGACCUCAACGUUCUGUACACGAAUCUCCUCAGGGAGCACAUUUCUCGUUCAGGAGUCGAUGAAGCGGUACAAAAAUUGAUUCUUCAGGCGGUGACACAUGCCACGCGACCACUACGUCUCCUUGAAAUAGCCGAAAUGCUUAGCGUGGUCGAUACAGAGCGCGAUUUGAAGGCACGUAAGGAGCUCGUCAAGGCAGCUUGCGGCCCUCUCUUAGAGAUACUCGCGGACGAAACACGUAUGGUGCUGCGCACGAGCAACUCGCAUACGCCUGUCUCCGUUAUCUUUGCAGCGGAGUUCUGGACAGUUUCCCUGCUCAUGUUGAAGACCUAG